CCAGCCCCCUCCCGAGACCCGGCCGUCCGCGACCUCGUCUCCGCUGCCGCCCGUGCUCCCCAGACCCGCGCAACGGCGCGAGGUCAAACCCACACACCCCAAAACCCCAAGGGAGGGCCUCCCUCCCUCCCCAAUGCUCCCACCCCAAGUCAACCCCUGCCUCCCCACGCCCAUGGCUCCCCUGCCCCUCCCCCUGCUCCUCGCGCUCGCCGGCCUCGCCGUCGCCGCGCCGCCCAGCCCUUCUUCCCCCCGCCUCAGCAGCAGUCCACCGACGCCUCCGACGCGGCCGCCCUGAGCGCGGUGUUCCAGCGGUGGGGUCUCCGGUACGGCCCGACGGUGAACCCGUGCGGGACGCGGGACUGGCCCGGGUCCUUCGCGAGGAACGCGUCCGUCGGCUGCAGCUGCGACGGCUCGCCCGUGUGCCGCAUCACGCACCUGAACGUCACCGGAUACUGGAAUCUGACCGAGAUCCCGCCGGAGCUCUUCAACUUGACGGAGCUGGUCUCUCUGGAUUUGAGCAAUAACAAUUUAAGCGGUUCAAUACCUCCAGAAGUUGCGAAUCUCUCCAAACUGGAAACAUGGCACUUCAACAACAACCAACUAAGUGGACCUUUUCCUAAUGAAUCUUCACCUUUAAGGAAUCUUCAAUCCCUGUGGAUGUUUGAUAACUACAUUGAAGGGUUAUUUCCAGAAUUUAUUGCGAACUUUACCAAUCUCACGGACUUGAGAAUAUAUGGGAUGAAACUUCAAGGACCUAUUCCAAAACAAUUCUCUAAUUUGAUCAAUCUGAAGUAUCUGAUGCUUGGUGAUCUUGAUGGUGCGAAUUCUACUAUAGAUUUCAUACCAGAUUCAGCAAAUCUUUCGAUAUUAUCUCUGAGAAAAUGUGGAAUCGUUGGCCAGUUCCCUAGUACUCCCCCAACUUUACCCAAUCUAACAUACCUAGAUUUGAGGUCAAACAAUUUAUCAGGCCAAUUACAACUACUGCUUCCGUAUAAGAGUUCAAGAUACCUGUAUGCGGGUGACAAUGACUUUAGUGGACGUCUGCCUGCUGAAUUUGUUCAGCCAUCACUUGCUUUGGAUAUUUCCUAUAAUCCUUUUAUUAAUGGACUCCUUCCUAACAAUCCGACUGAUCGCAAGUUGUCACUAAAUUAUAUUGGGACUGCAAUUGAUACAAGCAGAGCGAUUAACAGUGAAAACCUCACUCUUCUCAACUGUCUCCACAUGAAAGAAUGCAACAGAAAAUAUUACACUAAUGCUAUAACCUCCUUUGCUGUAAACUGUGGCGGCAAGCAAACAAUUUAUUCAGAUCCAUUGCCAAUUACAUUUGACGAUGACACCACUGACCUUGGAGCAGCAGGUUUUCAUGUUAAUACUAGCAUGCAAUGGGUAGUUAGUCAUGUGGGUUCUGAUCCUUUUCGUGAGUCUCCUCGUUUUGUAAAUACAAGUCAAGUUAUUCUGGGAACAGACAUGCCUGAACUGUAUCAAACAGCAAGGACAUCAAGAAGUGCUUUGUGGUACUAUAUAGUUGGUUUGUCUACUGGGAAAUACACAGUUCAACUCUUCUUCGCGGAGAUAGUUAUUGAAAAGCCAGGAAAGCGCCUAUUUAACAUUGAUAUUCAGGAUCGAAAUAUCAAGACAGAUUUCGACAUUACUAAGGAAGCAGGGGGGUUCAGAAGACCCACAAACAUAACUUACGAAGUGACAGUGGUUAACUCGGUACUUAAGAUACAUCUGCAUUGGAAUGGACGAGGCACAUGCUGUAUUCCAUAUGAAGGAGCUUAUGGGCCUCUGGUAUCAGCAAUAAGAGUUUUUCGCCCCGAAAGUCCGAACAACAGCCCCCCACCAGCACGGCCAGUGUCUGCGCCAAGUAAUGAUGACAAGCGGAGAGGAGUGGUUGCAGGCAUUGCAGCCCUGUGUAUAGCUGCGGCGGUGAUCUCUUCGUCUGUUGUUUACCUUUGGUGGAAAUGGGUUGCACUGGUAAAGCAUCCAAAUGCAUGAGGGGAGUUCAGUUGUGCAUAGCAUGUGAAUUAGCCUAUGUACUGUAUCAUAUCUUCGCCGAGCUUGGUUGGGGGACAUGGAUGCCUGUACAGGAAAACUCACCGCAUAGCGUGAAGAGGAGAGCAGCAUUGGUGUACAGUUCGGUUUACUGUCAGGAUUUUAGAUCUGUAGCUUUGUUUUGUUUCCCAUCCAUCGAUUGUAACUUGUAAGGACCACUCAGUCAUCUUCAUUCUUUAUUUGUUCGUUCAAACUUAUUUCCAUGUAGUGCGGCCUUGUUGAAUGAGUAAUUAACACCUUGAGGUGUUCUUUGGAA